CUGUGGUAAAGUAAUAUCUGUGGGUUGCAUAGGGAAAGAAAAGCACAGUUUGCUGCUGGAAGUUCUCUGCCAAUGAUGCAGCAAGUUUUGGAAAAACUGACAGAUCUACCCUGCUCUACUGGGGCUGAAGAAAUCGAUAUCAUUUUCUUGAAAGGAAUAAUGGAAAACCCUAUUGUAAGAUCUCUGGCUAAGGCACAUGAGCGGCUAGAAGAUACAAAGCUGGAAGCAGUUGGUGAAAAUAAUGUAGAACUACUAAAUGAAAUUCUUGAAGAUAUUAGUCCUUUAGUUAAUGAAGAUAAGAAUGUUGAAGAAUUAGUUGGCAUCCUUAAGGAGCCUCAUUUUCAGUCUCUGUUAGAAGCCCAUGACAUAGUGGCAUCAAAAUGCUAUGAUUCUCCUCCUCCAAGUCCUGAAAUCAACAAUUCAAUGGUCAACAAUCAGAUUGCACCAGUUGAUGCCAUUCGCAUGGUUGGCAUUCACAAAAGAGCAGGUGAACCCUUGGGAGUUACAUUUAAAGUGGAAAAUAAUAACUUGGUAAUUGCUCGAAUUCUUCACGGUGGGAUGAUUGAUCGACAAGGUCUUCUUCAUGUGGGCGACAUUAUUAAAGAGGUCAAUGGACAUGAAGUUGGAAACAAUCCAAAGGAAUUACAAGAAUUACUUAAGAGUAUUAGUGGUAGUGUUACUCUGAAAAUACUACCCAGCUAUAGAGAUACUAUUACUCCACAGCAGGUAUAUGUAAAGUGUCAUUUUGAUUACAACCCAUUCAAUGAUAAUUUAAUCCCAUGCAAAGAAGCAGGAUUAAAAUUUUCCAAAGGAGAAAUUCUUCAUAUAGUCAACAGAGAAGAUCCAAAUUGGUGGCAGGCAAGCCAUGUAAAAGAAGGAGGGAGUGCAGGCCUAAUUCCCAGUCAGUUCCUGGAAGAAAAGAGGAAAGCGUUUGUUCGAAGAGAUUGGGAUGGUGCAGGGCAAUUUUGUGGUACAAUAACCAGCAAGAAAAAGAAAAAGAUGAUGUACCUCACAACAAGGAAUGCCGAAUUUGAUCGCCAUGAAAUCCAAAUAUAUGAAGAAGUUGCCCGAAUGCCUCCAUUUCAAAGAAAAACAUUGGUAUUAAUAGGCGCUCAAGGAGUUGGCCGUAGAAGUUUAAAAAACAGACUAAUUGUCCUGAAUCCAACCCUCUUUGGAACAACCGUUCCAUUUACUUCACGCAAGCCAAGAGAAGAUGAAAAAGAUGGACAUGCAUAUAGAUUUGUGUCCAGGUCAGACAUGGAAUCAGAUGUGAAAGCGGGAAGGUAUUUGGAACACGGAGAAUAUGAAGGCAAUCUUUAUGGCACGAAGAUUGACUCGAUCCAUGAAGUGGUACUGGCUGGACGAACUUGCAUAUUAGAUGUAAAUCCACAGGCAUUAAAAGUGUUAAGAACGUCUGAGUUUAUGCCAUAUGUAGUAUUCAUUGCAGCUCCAGAGCUGGAGACCUUACGAGCAAUGCACAAAGCUGUUGUGGAUGCAGGAAUCACAACCAAACUUCUCACCGAUACAGAUCUGAAAAAAACUGUUGAUGAAAGUGCACGGAUUAUGCGAGCCUACAACCAUUACUUUGACUUGACAGUUGUAAAUGAUAAUUUAGACAAAGCAUUUGAGAAGUUACAGGCUGCUGCUGAGAAGCUGAGGAUGGAACCACAGUGGGUUCCGAUUAGUUGGGUGUACUGACUUAUAUCAAGUCAGAACAGAAAGAAGAGACCUUCUGCACUCGUGUCAUUAUAUUUUUUUUUCCUGUCUCCUGUAAGGAUUUAAAGAAUUGUACACUGAAUUUUUAUAUAACACUUUGGAGGGAAAGUGUACUUAAAUAUGUAAUUUAUUUUAAUUUUUAUAACUUUUUACAGAUAAUCUUUCUAUUCAUAAUACAUGAAGGAAAUGCGUUCAAGCAUUUUUUUUUAUUUAAUUUGGUACGUUUUGCCUUUUUCAUCCAAGAUCGUUUUUGUCAUUUACAUUAACAUUUGGUCUUACAUUUUCACUGUGAUUAUAAAGAAUACUUGAAAUAAUUUUAUAAAUCUGUUUGAUACAUAGAUUGAAAUUAAUUUGUACAUGUUAGGGAUCAUGCUACCGUUUAACAAAAAAAUAGAACUUAAGCCAGUGUUAUCCCUUGUGUCAUGAUACCUAUAUACCUGAGAAGUUACAUGGAGCCUCCAGGUUUGCAAGCUACGUGCCAAGCUUCCAAGUCGCAAUUCUCUGUUCUAGGUAUGAGACGAGAAAGUGGUGUGUGCACUUCCUGGGACCAUUUCUUUCCAUAGCAAAUCUCCAAACACAUGGCCAACACAUUUGUACGGCCAUGUCCCCUUUUCUGUUUCCACUCACAUUACAUGGAGCAACAUAUUUUGCUUGGACUGCCCCCAUCCUACCUGUAUUGGAGGAGAAAUAUAGAGCUUUCUGGACAGAGUUAAUACAAAAACUUUCAUGUAUGCCUAUGAUGGCAUAGGUUUAUCAGCAGUAGUUUCACAAAAUAGCUGCCAUACCCACGUGAUAUAUGCUGCACAGAAAUAAAUGAUAUACUUACCUUUUCCCUUAGAGAGCAGCAUUAGACACAACAGCUCCUGAGGAGCUAUCUCAAGUAGGUACACAAAAUGGGUAACACUUGCCUAUGCUCAUUUAUGUGAAAGUCCUUUUUAAUGAUGUGAUUUCAACAGAUGCUGUUAACACAGUUAAAUAGAAAUGAUUCAUCUCUUUUCAUUAUUAUUAAACAGAAAUUGACACAAACCAUUAUAAAACAAUAUACAUGUGAAUCAUUCUGCCAGUAGAAAGAACUGAUGUUUUGUGUAUUUAGCUUUUCCCCCGCACAGGUGUAACUGGUUAAACAUAGAUGUUCAAUUAGUAGAUUUUGGAGUUUUAUUUCCAUCAAAGCUUCUGAGCAAUAAAUGGAACUAUUGUCCAGGGGUUAUUUUGUUCACAGAAGCAAAAUUAAGUUGUUCAUACAUGAAAGAGUAUUUGUAACAUUCACAAAUACACUUGUAGAAUUUUUAAUACAUUGACUAAACUAAUGUUGCUUCAGUUUGCUUUUAUACUAGGGCUUUUAGCAGCUUACUCCUCAGAAUGUGCACAAGAGCGUUCAUCUACCAAAAAUAACUUCCCCGCCUCCUGCUGAAAUACACGAAAAUCCUAGAUGUAUACUUUUUAUAGAAAUGUCCCCAUACCUGGGCCCUUUAUCAGUCAUAUGACCCUGAGAUCCUUCCUCAUGCAUAAACAAUGUCAUGACCAUAACAGGGCCUGAUUGUAUUGACACGACCUAUCACCAAUAAAUUAAUGAAUUCGCAAAUGGCCUUUUGGUAAAAAAAUAACUAAAUCCAUUGUGUAAGCAUUGUAUUGUAUUUUAAACUGACAUUAUCUAUCUGUGUGGAAAAUGUACAAAAUCCAAAAUGCAAUCUGGCAUUUGGGGUAAAUGCAAUCGAAUUAUUAGUAAAGUCUAUUUUGCUUAUAGACGAGUUUCUAGACAGAUGGUUUUCAAACAUCCAUAAUGACUGGCUUUUGCAAUAUCCCCGCAUUUUGGAGAGUAGUGGUCCUUAAUUUAGGGACUGGUUUGAGAAGCCAUGACCUCUAUGCACAACCAAAAAAAAAAAACAGUUGUCAGUGUGUUACUUAGAGGUUUUCUUCACCUUGUGAUCACUGUAUUUUCAUUAAAGCACCAUGCCAGUGUGAGAUUUUCCCCAAGGAGUUUGAGAUUUUCAAUUGGAUUACAUUCAAAUGUAUUGUCUGCUGCUGUAAGAUUCCAGGCAAGUUCAAUGUCCACUGUUUUGAUAACACCGCUCCGUGCACUCAUCCGGAUGAAAGCAAAGUGACAUUUUAUUACAGUUUUUGUUCACUUCUGUUGUAUUUUGUAAAAUGUGAUAUAGUAGUAUGUUUGUGCUAAGUGUUUCAGGUGUUACAUAUCUUUUUCUAAAUAGCUUAUACAUUUUUGUCCAGUUACGUAAAUUGAUGUCUGCACUUUUGUACCCAUUAAUUGUUCCACAACAGUAUGAUAUGACCAUACCGAUUAUAUUUAUUUUUCCAAUGAAGCAGCUACAACUUAGCGUUAACUCUUUGCUUAACGGAUACUGUUACUUGGGGACCUUUUAAAAGUACCAUUGGAUACCUAUGUAAGCCAAUUAUAUAUGUAGUACAUCUGACUACCACAAACAUAUUUGCUGCUAUACAGACAUUUUUU